AUGGAUUCCCUCAACUUCUCUACCUCCUUCGCCCUCUUCCUCUCCAUCUACCUCUUCGCCUACUUGGUCCUCUUCCGCAAUUGGGGCCCCAAACACCGCGCCGAAGCUUCCUCCUCCUUCAUGUCCCUCUCCCACGGCACCCCCGCCGUCCUCCUCGCCGUCCGCGCCCUCCUAACCGCCGCGGCAGGCGGCGCUCCUCCUCUGGCGGCGCCGAAUUCGGAAUUCCAGAACUCAGUCCUCGAUUUCAGCACGGCCUACUUCGUCGCCGACCUCCUCCACUACCUCGCCUUCUCCCCAUCCGACGUCCUCUUCAUCCUCCACCACCUGGCCACGCUCUACGUCUUCCUCACCUGCCGCUUCCUCGUCGGCAGGGGAGCGUACGGCCUCCUGGAGCUCCUGAUCCUCGCGGAGGCCACCAGCGCGUGCCAGAACGUGUGGAGCAUCGCCCGGUUCCGCAAGGGCGAGUCGGCCGCGGCGGCGAGGCUGUACGAGUUUCUGUCCCCGUUCUUCUACGUGUUCUACUCGGUGGUGAGAGGGGUCCUGGCACCGAUUUUCAUGAUCCAGAUGGUGGCGUUCUUCGCCGGCGGUGAGGCCCGGGGGUUGAUUCCGGCGUGGGUGUGGGUGUCGUGGAUGGUGGUGAUUGUUGCGGCGAUUGCGGUGAGUGUGAUGUGGGUGUCGACUCACUGGGUGGGUUGGUGUAAGGAGAGAGGGUUUUGGGGGCGGAGCUCUGAUUUGCAAAGGAGUAAUAAUAAGGUGAAGUAG